AUGGGUAUAGACGAUCCAUUCCGCAUCAGCCCCCAAAAUCAAGAGUACCAAGAUUUUCUGCGUUGCCCUGAUGCAAACUUUUGGAUGCAAAUUUCCGGUCUCCCAACCUUCAACCCAAGCCGACAGCGAGCCAAGCACAUCGUUCACCCCUGUUGGCGAAUUGCUCACCGAGUCCUUACGACGAGUAUCUUCGGGCGUCUCGAGCCCGGUCAAAUCAACAGAUGUGAGCUAUUUUUCCUCCGAAGCAUGAGGCGUGCACUCUCCCUCAGUUUUUCAGGCUUCUUUUUAGACAAAUGUGACUCCAUACGCCAACGUUCCUCAGGGGAAAUUUUCAUCGGGGGACUUAUCACGAUCAUAGGUCGAGCCGUCGGCCUAGACUUCCCGGAUCCCGAGUACAUACCUGUCGACACCCCACCGAACUUCCUGCUAGAUUGUGACACUCUCAUCCGGAUGGAGAUGUUGCUCGAUCGGGGAACCCGCACGUACAGUUGGUUAGACUCUGACAAAGCCCCGGUUUACAUCCUGCCAAGUUGGAUCGGUUCUUCAUUCGAUGUAGGCGACCCCGACACUUGGCUUCCUCCAGACCAGUUAACCCAAACAGGUGUAUUCCCAGAAUUCGGUGAUGAUGAGGGUGACGACGCAGAGGAACAAGAGGAAGAAGAUGACGAAGAGGACGACGAGAUGCCCGAAGCUGAGGACCAUUUUGACCAGCCCUCGAUGCAGCAGCCGAUGUUUCAGCAUGAUCAGUUCCAGGCCCCUCCACAACAUUUUGACCAGCCGCAUCAGCAGGAGGGACACGAAGUCCCACCAUAUUUCCCCCCCACGUCUCUCCCUCCGCCGCCGUCAAUCUGGUCAUUGUCGGUUUCAUUUAAUUACAUACAGGCGAGAAUUAAGACAGCAAACACAAUCAGACCCAAAACGGCAGCUAAACCUCCGAAGAAGUAUGGGACCGGUGUGUGCCACACCGAUUGUUUAACCACUGCCUGCGACGAAGGAGCCACUGUCAUCACUGUUUCUUCAGUUUUGCUUUUGGUGACGUUCGAUUAG